AUGCUUGGUACUGCGUCUAGUCCUGCAUGGGCGGAUAUUGAGAAGGAUGCAGCAUCAUGGAAUAGUCUUCUGACGUGGGCCCGCGAGCAGCGCGGGCCACAAUGGGAUGCGGGUUCAGGAACUUGGCAAGUACCACGCGAGAGCGCCUUAUACUAUGGACGUACCCAAACGAUGCUUGCAGAAGAACAGGCGGCACAUAAACGGGCAAAAGAGCAGAUUCAGCUUUCACGCAAGCAGUUGCAGCAAGUGAAACUGGCAGCUACGCAGCAUCGCGCUGCUACUGAUCGCCGAGCUGAACGGCUGAAGGAGCGGAUGGCGUCUCUCACGCAAUCGAACUUGAAGGCACUCGUCCCUGACAUCCGUAUCGCAAGCCCUUCCUUUGUGGCACAGGAGCGUCCUGCAGAAACACAAAGUGUGGAAGAGCAGCAAUGCGAGGAAGCUGAUAAGCGUAAUGCUGCUUUGGUGGAAACGACGCAGGCACUGAAACAAUUGGCAUUGGAUGCAUUGACGACAUUACAUGAAGCUGAUAUCCGUCUGAAAAAGAUUUUGGACGUAGAAGCGGAAGCAAGUGAGCCAGUGACUCGCUCUUCCUUCAGUCGAUCGCAGUCACGAGGAGUGGUAGGCGAUUUGGAACUGCAUCAAGUGUUCCCCCCUCUGCGGCCGCUUGUGACCGAAGAUACAGAAGAUACCCACCCAGCACGUCGCUUCUUGACAGCGCUAUCACAAGCUUUGCAAGUGCAUGUAGCUGAUCUUUCUCAGUGGGCAGCUCUGCGGCAUGUCCAGCAUGACCAGUCAUGGGAAGUGGACGCGAAACGACGACGAACCGACAGUACAUCCGUAUGA